CGCCCACUCUUCACCCACCCCCAGUCCACUAGUAUCCCUCUGAACCACCCCGCCCACUCCCCAAACACCCUGCCCACCCUUCACCCACCCCGUCAUAUGCGCCACCGAGGUUCUCUCCCACCAACCCUACACGCCGGCGGUGCAGGUCCAGACUGUAAUAGGAAACAUCUUUAAAGGCGUUAUAACAGGAUCAUGGGAGACCAGCCAAAAUUCAAAUUAUUGCCCAAAAUUCUCAAUGGUGGUAUCGCAGGUAUUGUGGGAGUCACCUGUGUCUUCCCUCUCGACCUUGUUAAGACUCGGUUGCAGAAUCAACAGAUUGGUCCAAAUGGAGAACGCAUGUAUAAUUCCAUGUGGCAAAACUGCAGACAUCCCCAAGAUUUCUGCAACUUCUAUCACCCUUAAAUUAUUACGUGAAAAAGGCAUUGUUGGCCUAUAUAAAGGGACAGCAGCUACAAUGUUACGAGAUGUUUCCUUCUCUGUUGUUUACUUCCCGCUCUUUGCUCACCUGAAUUCUCUUGGACCUCGAAAAGCUGAUGGCUCUGGUGAAGCUGUCUUCUGGUGUUCCUUCUUAGCUGGUUGUGCAUCAGGUUCUCUUGCAGCUUUGGCUGUAAAUCCCUUUGAUGUAGUGAAGACCAGACUGCAGUUGUUGUCCAAGGGUGCUGGUGAGACCCAGUAUCAAGGAAUAGCUGAUGCGAUUAUAAAGAUUUUGAAGAAUGAAGGACCAAAAGCUUUCUUCAAAGGAGGUGCUUGCAGGAUGAUUGUUAUUGCACCACUCUUUGGUAUUGCUCAAAUGGUGUAUUACUUUGGGGUCGGAGAAGCCAUCCUGGGCUACAAAAAGUGAAACGCUACAAGCUACAAGUAG